AUGGAGUAAACCUUGUAGAAUAUAAAUAAUGUCUUCGUUUUCAUGAACUCGAAACUGAUAAGCAAGCACAUUAAUGAAGACUUUCAUCGAUCUGAGAGUGUUUAUGGAGAUCAAGUUAUUAGGAAUGAAAAAUAGAAACUAUCAAGCACUGGGCCUUAAAAUGGUAUUUCAAGAAAUGCAGUCAAGCAUUAUUUGAAUAGCUUCACUCAUACAAAGCAGAGACCUCAAUCGUAAAUGCUGAACAGCAGAUUGAAGGCAAGCAAACUGUCGAUUAUCAAACAAUUACCUAACUAAAACUAGCAAUCAAGUAGUAAUAUGAAUCUAUUUAAUUAGUAAAAUCCAAAACCAGAGUACUUUAUACCAAUUCAGUAGCUAAACAAAUAGAGCCCUGCAUAGAAUUAGUAAUAACCAGCAGUUCAUACACAUCUAAUUAACAACCAAUAAUUUUAGUUGAGUUAAUAUCAAAUUCAGUAGAUGCAGAAGCAGAUGUAAUUCAUUCAAAAUUAGGCUUAGGAAUAUGUGACUAUGGCUAAAAGACUUCAGACUAGGCAAUCAGGAAUGAGGAACUCAUUACUGUAAAGUUAGAAGUAAUAGAGGAAUCAUAGUAAUCAGCAGUAUUCACACUAGCAAUAGAGUUUACCCAUUCUUGAUGGCAGUCCUAAUUAAAAGCUCAUUUGGUCUAGGGCUGAUACAAUUCAACCAGAAGCUAGAACUACCAAUGUUUCAUUUUAUAAUACCAUGGAUAGAAGAGAAAUUUCUCCAUUUCAAAGAAAAAGGACUUCUAUAAGUGGAUCACAUUCAAGAGCUACUUCACCUUAAAGAACUCAUAAUAAUAAUAAAAAGGAGACUUUUUUAAAUAAAAAAGAACAAAAGAAAGAUGCCCUAGAUUGA